UUACCAAAGAACGUAGUAAGAGGCCGCAUUAACCAUCGAAAGCCAGUAAAGAAGUUCCGGGGCUACUUUAGGGCAACUUAUGGAGGCUUGGAUGUGCUAGUUAUCAAUGCUGUUAUCGCGUACAAUGACGAUUCUACUGCACCGUUUGCUGAGCAGGCCGAGAUGACCAUAACUAUAAUCUAUUUUGGCGUGCUCCGCGUUCUGAAGGUUCUCUUGCUGGUACUGCGACAUAGCGCGAGCAAUUUUUAUGAUACCUUAAGCGCUCGACACUUUAGCGCAAUUCUCGGACCCAAACUUCAGAUACAUUUCUAUCUAUCUGUACGGAUUUUCUGUAGAUAUGAUUGGCGAGAUUGGUCGAUUUACAACGUUAAAGACGUAGUUCGUUUGAAAAAGUCCCGAUCUUAUAUUAGUGGUGAAUUGAAAUACUUCGAUACGGAUAUGACGAGCCACAAAGGUCCUUUGAUACCUGAUGAAAAUGCCGAUAUUCCUGCAUAGCUAGCAAAUCUUGUGACCAAACACUCUACCUAUAGGGACAAUACAUUUAAUUCGACCAAAAGAUUAAGUUGUACCUGA